CUGACCUCAUUCGACAAUCGAAAUCAGACCACCACCUGGAAUCCUGACGAGUCGACGUCUACAUACAUACAUACGACACUCUCACUCUCCUCUCUAAAUAACGAAAUCGACUAGCAGUACGCUCAAUAUGCUCCCCCAGCGACAACUCCUCCGCGCGACGCCGCGCCUGGCCUCCCAGCUGCGUGCCGCCAAUACCGCACCCGUCUUCCGCUCCGCUCUGCAGCGCCGCUUGGCCUCGACCGAGAACGCCUUCAUCAAGGAGCGACAGGCUGUCAAGGAGCACGCUGCCGCCACAACUGAGCUCUGGCGCAAGAUUUCCAUCUACGUCGUCAUCCCCGCCCUACUCCUCGCCGGCGUCAACGCCUACAACCUAUACCAGGAGCACUGGGAGCACUGGUCGCACCUGCCCCCCCUAGAGGAGCGCGUCGAGUACCCCUACCAGAACAUCCGCACCAAGAACUUCCCCUGGGGCGACGGCGACAAGACCCUGUUCUGGAACGACAAUGUCAACUACCACAACAAGGACAAGACCACCUAAGCGCCCGGCCGUAGUCGAAGCCUAUAGCAUGGAAUUGCCGACUAUAGCAUGGAAUUGCCGACGAUGAACUAACUACCUAACUAUGGGAAGCGUAGGAGUGGAGGGAAGCGCAUGCGGGAAUCAGUCAUAGAAAACAAGUCGCCCUCGACGAGCAAGACGAGAGACAGGCUGGCUGUUUGUGUAUCUUCGACGCUGUAGAUAUGCCGUUCCUUUUGUCAAUCCAAAAGCAGAUCAAUCAAUCAUCUUGCCUUGCCUUGACAAGCAUAUAUACCUACCUACAUAUUAUUACUUAUUAUCCCAACACUGAUACGGACCUAAUUAUCCUCACUUUAAAGCUACUAAUUCAUUCGAAGAAAACA